CCUUCCAGCGUCACCACUGUUAUAUAAAUCGCUCACCUGGGUGCAGACCUUUGUCACUGGAGGCACAACCCACUGAAGACAGCCAAGAUGAAAAUCCACGACAUGACAAUCAAGGAGGGGCAUGAGUUCAAGAUCCGUAUCAAGCCCAAGGAAAACUGCGAUUCCUUUGCCAUCAACAUCGGCCAUGACCCUGAGAACAUCGCAAUGCACUUCAACCCACGCUUCGACGCCGGCGGUGACACCAACACCAUCGUCUUCAACUCCUUGUCCGGCGGAAGCUGGGGCGACGAGCACCGUGAGGGAAACUUCCCCUUCGUGCGUGGGGAGGAAUGCAAGUUUCACGUCAACUUCAACAUGGAUCAGUUUUACAUCAAGCUUCCUGAUGGCUCCAUGCUGAACUUCCCCAACCGACUGGGAGACGUCAAGUACAAGUACUUCGAUGUCAGCGGUGACGCGAGGAUCAUCGGCAUCAAGGUCAAGUAGAAGUUCUUGACUCUUGACCUGUCCACCUUGUGUCUGUUGCUUUAAUAGUCUGUUUCACAUUACUGAACCCAUGCCUCGAAAUCCAUCUUUUCUCCUGCUGAGGCAUAUAGAAAAAAUACCACUAGAGAUUUAUACCAAGGAGUGCUGAUACUGUAAUGAGAUUAAAUGACCUAAAGAGGGAGCCACAGCACAUCUUACCUCGUUGUGUCAGCUCGACGUCUCAUCUGUUGCUGGGUUUCUGAAUAAAUUCUGUGUAGAAA